UACUAUAUGUUGCGCACAAAAAGCGAUCUAUUUGAUGUUUGUUUUCAUCCUUAUUUGUGUUUUUUCAUUAAAUUUAAUUUAUUCUAAAAGAAUUUCCAUUUUUGAAAUUUUGUAUCUAAAAUGGACGUGAAGAUGCGUUUAGUAGAGAUUUUUGUGGUAACCACAUAACGAGCUCGUAGAUAGUGUACGUUCCACUCCAUAGCUCGUUUUUAGUAAACACAAAUAAUAACAACAAUAUAAUCGUUCCAAAAAUGAAUUUCCACGCAUGCUUAUGUUUUAUUCAGACAUAAAUAGUAAAAUUAUAUUUGAUACAGUUCAUGAGUAUCAAUAAAAACGAUGAUAAUGUCAACCUUCUCUAUAUGCGCUUAUAAGAAUUCCACCUCUUUUUGCCAACCAGUGGGCGGAGUCUAAACUUUGCAGGUGCGUGUGACGUCACGCGUUAACUCGUCUAUAACGUUCCGAAAUUAAAUGUGGAAAAAAUCAACAACACAACAUUAUAGCAUUUCCGAGCGAUUUAAGUUGCAAUAGUUUACAGCAUGGCAUCAGAUGUAAAAGAAGCUUUGACAGAGGAGAUAGCACUUGAAGGUCUAGAUGGUAUAACUAUGAAUGCACUAUGGAUACGACUGCAGGACAGAGAGUCGUUUAGUUUUGAGCUUGAUGCAGGGACCAAGGGGUACCUCUGGCGAUGUGUGUUGGGUUUGGGAGAAGUGGAGUUCUUCUUGCUUCCGAAGCCAAGGUCAGAUCUGGUGCCAUUCAACAGGUUGCACUACAUCGAUCCUGAAACGAAACACUUCGUGGAAACGGAGGACAUACCAGACGACAUCUACCCCAUCGAGGUUGUUGAUGACAACGGCAUACAAGGGUCAUGUGCGGAAUAUAAGAGGAGGAAAAACAUCACCGAGCAAGUUCACAAUGAAAAACCGUCAUUAGAACAGGCAGCGGAAAAGUAUGGGAACAAACUGGUGAUGGUCGCCUCUCAGGAUGUCCGUCGCCGCACCCUGAUGGGUUUGCACAAUGAUCCAGGGUUCAUGUUGACAGGCAUAACGUACGCCAUCUUAGAAAGAAUUGGAAGGUCUCGCUCUAAUGGUGAGACGACCAAUGGAAGGAUGAGUCUUAACGUAUUCAAGCAAAACUCCAAGUCCAUGUUUUACUUUCUGAAGAUGCUGAGACCACUGAAUGCACUCAAAAAACAGAGGCUGUUUUCUGUGCAGAAGAACUCGAAGGGGAAGUUGUCAUGCAUCUUGUACCACUUGAGUCGGUAUUACAAGCAGAUAGGAACUCGUGCCCAAAGGGAUUUCAUCACCAUAGCCCACUACCUGGCCUCACACCCGAAUCAAAUGGCUGAAAUGAACAAAUUGAAGAGUGACCUGAAACUGUACGACCAUCUAAAGCAUGUGGUGCGACUGGUUGGUGCUGACGGGGGUCGCUUCUUUGUGCAUGUUGAUGUUCCCUACAGAGACGUGUACCCUACUGCCAAGCCUAGGGUGUAUUUGAGAAAGAACGGUAACGGUGAGAAGAUGAUCCGCCACCUGAAGAUGGAGAAGUCCCUGGACGAGGUGAAAGCUGCAUUAGAGGCAAACGAAACAAUUAGUGAAGAUGAGGAGGAGGAGGAGGAUGAAGAGAAGGAGGCAGUGAUGACUGACCCAGUCCCAGAUUUAGAGUACCCAAAUGUUCUAGACGAGCCCCAGGUGCACCAAGUGUACAAGGUGAUCAGAGCGUCUGGCUCCCGAGGUCUCUCGCUGCUCGAGCUCAUGGGUAUAUCUGACAUGAACAGGCUACAGAUGCGCAGGAUAAUCAAGAUGCUCGAGCGCAUGGAUUGCAUCGACUCGAUAAUGCUGGAUCGGGGGCGGCAGAAAAUUGUCAUGUAUAUGUGCAAGGACAGCAUCAAGGACAACACGAUGCAUCAGAGCGUGACAGUGUCGCUGGACAAGCUGACAGAACGCUCCCUAGAUGACUUCACCCAACCAAAGACCACACAGACAAACAAGAAGAAAAACAAGGAUACUAAGCCAUUGAUGCCAGUGUUACAGGAAGAGGAGCCCAGUGAGGAUAAAGUGUCCAAGAUCCGGGACGAGCUGAACGCCAUGGACGACUUCAUCAAUCCCAUAAAUUCUAGCCAGAUUGAGCAGAUACAGGCACUGAAACUGUCAGGAACUGUCAAUGUGGAAAUCAAGGAAGUGGAACCAAAACCUGUCUUCAACAAGCACACGAAAGAGAGGAUGAUGGGAAUGAAAAGAUUUGGCUCUGCCCUCACGGAGAGCCAUGUGCGUCGUGCCAACUGGAUCAUCGAUGUGCUGAAGGCAGUCAAGGUCCUAGAGUGCUAUAAACUGCUUAAGUUCCUGCGUAAUCGUGAAAAGGAGAUGAAGCUGGCGUACACAAUGGACGGCAAAUCCCUGCAGCGGAUUGUACAGGCUCUCAUAGAGGAGGGCAAGAUCAAGUCCUACAAGAUCAUGUUCUCCAUGGGGACCAAGAACAAAGAUCUGACAUUUCUCUGCAUGCACACAGUGAGUCCUUCGGAUGACUUUUUCCAGCGGAUGAUCGACGAGGCAAAACUUCGGCACUUUAGCGUAUCAAAGGAGGAACUGAAGAAACUGCAUAAGCUGAAAAGAAUGCCUCAGACUGAAGACAAGUACGUGAAUGACAGCAUCCCCUUGUCAGCACGUGAGAGCAUCAGAAACUACCAAGAGUACCGCAAGAAAGUGGCCAUGGACAUGCCCAAAAUGGUCUACAACAGGGCGGCUUGUUUCAAGUAUGGCCUGUUGCCAAAGAUGUUACGUGUGCGGGCAGUUCACCAGUACCUUUACCACCUGUGUUAUGUUACGUACAACCACAGCGCGAGGUUGUCGACCAGUCCAGGAACCUCUAGGGAAUCACAUGAACAAAACGAUAUGCUCUUAAUGACAGACAAACCACAAGCCAGUGACCUUGAGUGGAACGUCAGUGAUCUGCCUGUGUACUGUGAGGAGUUUAGUUGGAAACGCUACUGUCCCCCCAUUCCUGUACAUGAGGGAUACAAAGAAGGCUGGUGCCUGAUCAGUGACGUUCUGCUCAUCAUGCCCGUCUGCUUCUUCUGUCAAGUCGUCAAUGUCAGCUAUGAGAUUGAGGAGCUGGUCACCAUAUUGGAGCACCCAGAGCGGCGCUACUAUCCUGUGAUCCACCUGCCCUUCGCCGUCUCCCAGCGACUGCUCCACUCCCGCAAGUACGUCUCGUGUUUCCUCGAGUGCUGCACCUACCUCAGCGAGAUGGGGCUGUUGUCAUUUGGGCGCGAGGUGCUCAAGGACAAGGAUGAGACAUUUGUCUAUCUGCAUCAGCAUGCCACUCUGUUUGACACACGCGAGUCACUGGAGGGUUACAACAAGACCAAGGCCCCGCCUGGACACACAUUCCCUGAACGUAAAUUCUUCCUGCGCACCAACCACGACCUGGAGGACUACUGGGAGUUUCUGCAGAUCAUGUCACUCGGGAGCAACAUGGGGCAUAAAUCACUGACCAACAGAGACCUAGAGGACAUGGAGUCCUUUGAGGUGAGGUCAAUAACAGAGGCGACGUGCAGCAAUGAGCCUGCCGAUGUCAAGGACGAUGGAGUGUUGCCAGGAGACAGACGAGGGGCUGGAGGAGUAGAUUCAUCCAUAUUUGUAUUUACAAAUAAGAAUUGGAUUUUCAAGCCAUUGAACCACUUGCGCAUAAAAAUUUAUCCAAGGAAACCAAAUAUGGACAUACCUGAGUCCAAGGGGCAGAGUAAGGUAGUCAGUGAAGACAGAAUAAUUGGCAGAGAGAAACUUAGCCUCACCACAGAUGCUGCUCAUCCUGUAUCAAUCAAGAAGGUUGUACGAGUUGAACGUUUCUGGGGCAACAAGGGUGGCAAAGGAGUUCCCCACACCAGCAUCACUAUGACCAACACACACAGGCGUGUGAAGAGAAUGGGGAGGCUGAAGAGGAUCAGGAAUAUAAAAAUAGCUCCAAGAUCACGAGCAAAAGCUGUAACAGGUACAGGUACUGGUCUGGGAGAAAAAGUCAAAGGUCGACUCAAGGGUGAUAAAAAGGAUGAAGAAAUCUACCGCAUGCGAAACAAACAGCGUGUUGUCUGGACGCAGAAAGAAGACUCAGUGUUACUGAUGUGUCGCGUUGGCUCACUGAUCAUGGACAGAAAGAGGAAGACUGCAGUUAUCAUGUAUACACAGAUCAGGGACUACCUGCAUGAGACCUGUGGGGAGGUUUCCCAUGACAAGACCUCCAGCACAGUACAGCGUCGACUCAUAUUUGUGCUGCGUAACCCCCAGACAGAGGCUAACCUGCUACUCUACUAUCAGGAGGCCAUGCAAGAUGAGUUUGUGCUACAGAACUACAUGAACAAGGAGUUCAUGCUGACUGACACCUCCCUUAGGGUGAAAUUUAAACGACUGGUUGACUACCUGCUGGAUAAGUUCAAGUCCCAUGACCUGCAGAGGUGUUCCCUACCAGAGACCCUAGAGGACCUGUCCAUUGACUACUCCAUCCAGUGUGUGGGCAAGCACACCCAGCUCAAGAGGUUCUAUGAGCCGAUGUCUAGGGCUGAAAUCUGUCAUGAUGUGCUGCGCAACAUUCUACAUAGUGCCGUCCUGCUACAAGACAAGAUGGGUCGCACUCAUGAGAUGUUUAAGCUGCUCACUCAGUAUCCGGACGUCCUCCUCUCCAACGUCAUACGAGAACUGAGACUGGAUGGCAUGUUUGUCAUCAACAAAAAGCAAUAUGUGAAAGAAUAUGUGAGCCAGCUGCAUUCAGGUCUGGGUCUUCGCAACUUCAAGUGUUCUCAGAGGUACCUGUACUGCUUCAAGCAGCGCUACCUCAGCCCGAUGUUCAGUGAGUGCGCCAGCAUACUACACAACCUCCAAGCGGCCAAGGAGACUGGGCAGGGGCAGGUCACUCUGCCCUUUGACAUCAAAAGUGGCGAGAUGGCCAUCUUAUUUCCACUCAUUCUUCGUGGAUUGGUGAAGCUAGAAAUGAGGAUUCCUGAGGAGCUUGCCAUCAUUGACAUGAAGGGGUUUUACAGCUUCCCUUGGGGCAGAGGAAAGACACAUGGAUUCACAACGAAGGCUGACAAAAGCCUGCAGCAAACCAAGCAAAAGAGAGACUUGGAUAAGGAACAGGCCUCCAAACAAGCUAGUGAUGCUCAUGAUGAAUGGAAAGCAGGUCCUGACAGGAUUGUCAAAGAUAAUAAUGCUAGAAGCGGAUCUAUGGUGCCUGAAGCAGGUCUUGACAAAGAUGGUGAAAAGGUUAGCAAAGGGAAGCAGUCUGAAGCUAGUUCUGGGAAAGGCAAUGAUGGCAAAAACAUAUCUCAUCUAUCUGAAACUGAUCUUUGCAAUUAUGCUGAUGAUAAUGACAAUGAGAGAUUGGAUAAAUCAGAGAAAGAGCGGAGUAGAAAUGUGGAGGAAGAGGAAAGUAUUGAAUUAGAUAAUGAGAAAACAAAUAUCAAUGAUCAGGCAACUGAAAGGUCAAAAGCUUCCACUGAUCUUGUCAUAGUUGAAACUGGGGAAAGUGGCAAUGAAUUGACAGUGAGGGAGGGUGCUGGUGACAAGGAGUUGGCUGCUAGUCUGGCUGAGACAGGUGAUGGAUCUGAUGAGAUUGUGUUGCAGUGGGAGAAUGGAACUUUGAGGGAUAUCACUGGUGAUGGCAGAGAUGACAAGCCUGACAAAAGUCGGGAGUCUCUGAAUAAUGUUGAACAGGUUGGAGUGAGGUCUGGCAGAAAGAUGACUUUAAAAGAAAAACAAAAGAUCUGCUCAGCUGAGGCAGGUAACGUGAAAAUCACGGAGAAAAAGUCCACAACUCUGUCAAAGAAGACAAGCGCUUUGAAGAAGAUCCCUGCAGCAGAGUCUGUGGAUGAUGUUGAUGAAUCAUACAUGGUAAAUGCUAAAGAGUUUACUCAUGUUAAGACCAACAGAAGCGAAAUUGUAUUGCCAAAACCGGACACGGAUUUCACAAAUGCUGAUCCUAUGUGUUCUUCAUCUGUUGCCUCGAGGACUUUUGUUUGUCUGAGGAGAGUAGAGGAUUGCUCAUUUGAAGAUAUCCGGGUUUUCAAUGCCCAGGAUAAUUUUGUGCUUAAGUCCUGCCAGAUAAAACUGAGGUUGCUAGAUGGUGAAAUAGAUGAAAAUAAAAAGAAUUAUGGUGUAGAAAUAUUUGAUGAAAAUGUUGAGACUGGUGAAAUAGUUUGGAAAAAUGAUGAAAAUUCUGCUCUAAAUGCUGCCAGUGGAAAUAAUGAAAAUAACGCACAAAACUCAGAUUCUAAAAUUAAAGGAAACCGAAAUGAAAUGUCAGAUAUUAAUGUAGAAGCUGGAAAUAAAAUGAUUGAAACAAAAAAUGUGGAGAAUGGUAUAAAAGAUCUUGUCUUAGAGAAAUCCAGAAUGAAGAAGAUUUGGGAGAAUUUGCACAAGUUGAUACCAUUCCAGAUUAAUACUGAUCGGAUGUGGGAGGAACUGAAAUCUUCAGGCGCCAGUGACCAAUAUGUGGAUCAAUGCCAUCAGGUGUAUGACAUUAUCACUGACAACAGGGAGCUUGGAAUACGGGCAGUUGACCUCAAGAAACAGUGCCAGCUGGGCGACAAUUUACGCAGUGUGCUGAACAGGCUUGAGGAGUACAGCUCAAUUCUGAGAGUGGGUGUGCUGGGUCCACGCUAUGUGAGCCUGCAGCAUGCUCGACCCUGGGUCAUCCACGCUUACAGAAACCUCAAGGGACGGGGUCUGCAUAUUGAUGAGGGCAAGGAGGACACGCCAAUCGACACUGAGGAAAUCUCUUCCACUGCAGAGGGCCAAAGUUACUCAGAGACCAGGCACACGAGUUUUGAGGAAGACCGCAUUACCCUGCCGACUGGCUCUGACAUCAAACUGGUUCCCUUCACGAAAACGAGAGUAGAAAAGAUGCUGCCCCCGAAGCAAGUUCCCAUUACCAUUGUGAUGCCAACACCAAGCAAGAGUGUCACAUCACCUACCCGGGCUGGUGAAACACAAUUCCUCCAAGUCAGCAAAGAAGUAGCACCAGAAAAUUCAGACCAGAACACCAGAACUUCAUUUAAACUUGGAGACGUUGCCUGCCAUAAGAACCCCAGCAAAACUGCAGGUGAUGGGCAUCACUCAACUGAAAAAUCUGUACUCCAAGAUGUUGGCAAGGAAAACCCUUCACCUCCAAAGAAAAUGAAAGAAAGUGAUAAAACUUUGACUGUUUCUCUUUCAUCAAAAGAUGGAGAAGAUUUGAAAGAUACAACAAAAACUGAUGUUGCUGGGAGCAAUUCUGAUAGUAAGGGUGAUGAAAAGACUGCAAGGGAUAAAACUAACACUGUUGGUAAAUUUGAAGUUGGAAAUAUUGCAAAAUUUGAAGAGGUGAAGUCAGAUAAAACCAGUGUUGAUUCUAAAACAGAUGUUCAUGAGGAAGAUGUUGAAGCCACCUAUUCAGGCUCUAGGAAGAGAAAAAUCUCAGAUGUUGAAAAUGACAGUGCAAAUGGUACAGCAUCUAAGGCUGCAAAAUUGGACUCUAAUAGUAAAAGCAAAGGUUAUUUGGAACAGAGAUGUGUUUCUAGUCAAACUGACUAUACUUCCAUGAAUUUAGAAGAUCAAGAGGAAGAAGUGAGAGUGUUACGAAAAAGAAAGUUGAUCUCAACUGAUUUUGGAACGGUCUCCCCUGCGCCAGCUCCAAAGAGCACGUAUGACAGGGUGCGUCUCGUGAUCCAGCCAUGGCGCAAACCUGAGGGUGGAGUAAACCGUCCCGUUCUCAAGAUGAUGCUUGAGUCCCUUAUGCUCUUCGUGAUGACACGCCCUGCGUGCUCCUUCCCAACCAUCGUGGAGCGAUACAAUCCUUACAUGCAGCCCAUGGUGCUCAGGAACCUAAUUGAUAUCCUUGAAGACCUUGGAUGUGUUGAAAAAAAGUUUCUGCGGAAACAGCCAGUGACGCUUUUUUCUGGUCCAUCAACCAUACAGAUAGCGGAGGAGGAAGGUGAGGACACAUCCAUGGUCGUGCUGCCAGUGGAUGACUGCGUCUUGAAACUGGGUCAGUUCUGUCUCGAGAUGUACCCAAACGCACAGUGGCCGGAGUCCGGUUAUGCAAAACCUGACCUGACAGAGUAGAAUGUCACUUUCUCUGAAGAAGACAAUAAAACCUUCUCUGCGAUGUUUUGUUUCAACUUGUAACAGGCAAAAUGUGUACAUAUGUGCUCAACAUUUUGGCAAACAGUCACAUUGAGAUAAACACCAAAUGUCAGCAUAAAUUAAGGAACCAAUCAAUUUAACCAUUAAUAAAAUAUUUUUCAAAAUUUGAUUAUGGACAGUUAUUAAGUUAAAUGUAAUUGCAACAUGUCAAACAAAUAAAUUGGGUUCAAAGUCAGUAGAUAACCUGGUAAAGUCAAUAUUAGAAGCAGUCAGUUAGUGGUUAGUAUAGUUGUAUGCAAGGACAUACAGACUGGUACAUUUUACAGCAAAAACUAAGUGUUGUUUAAAUUUUAUUAGCGAGGCUGUUUUAGGAGAAAAAACGAGCUAUUGUCAUAGCCAGCUGGUCCGAGGUAGGCGUCGUGCUAAAACCUUAACAUUGGCUCUAAAAUCAAAGUGCUUCCACCUACAACUUUGAAACUUCAUAUGUAGAUGCACCUUGAUGAGUUCAACACGCCACACCCAUUUUUGGGUCACUAGGUCAAAGGUCAAGGUCACUGUGACCUCUAAUAUCAAACUUUAACAUUGGCUCUGAAAUCAAAGUGCUUCCACCUACAACUUUGAAACUUCAUAUGUAGUUGCACCUAGAUGAGUUCUACAUGCCACACCCAUUUUUGGGUCACUAGGUCAAAGGUCAAGGUCACUGUGACCUCUAAAAUAAAACUUUAACAAAAACCUUAACAUUGCCUCUAUAAUCAAAGUGUUUCCACCUUUAACUUUGAAACUUCAUAUGUAGAUGCACCUUGAUGAGUUCUGCACGCCACAUCCAUUUUGGGUUACUAGGUCAAAGGUCAAGGUCACUGUGACCUCUAAAAAAAUAAAUUCUGACAAGCUUUCCCAGCCGAGCGUGGCACCCAUUAUGCGGUGCUCUUGUUUGUAUACAAUUUACAAGUAUUAACAAAAUUAUGGAAAUAAUAUUAAUUAAAUAUGCAUCUUCAAAAGUGUCAGGUCAGUAUGUUUUGAUCUAUACCUGUCACAUGAUUAUGUUCCAUGUCAAAGACAGUGGAGUUCAUGGGUUUGCUAAUGUCUUUCUGCCAAGUUUUGGGCCAUGAAAUCAGCAAUGUUCAAUAAUCAGACAAAGCACCAAAGGAAUUGUGGAGAUAUUGCUGUUAAAAUAUCUUAAAUUUGCCUUUUGAGAAUUUUUAUGCCCCUGGUAGGGUGGCAUAUAGCAGUUGAACUGUCAGUCAGUAUGUCAGUAUGUGUGUAUGUCAGUCUGUCCAUCCGUCGUAAAAAAACUUUAACAUUGGCCAUAACUUUUUCACCAUUGAAGAUAGCAACUUGAUAUUUGGCAUGCAUGUGUAUCUCAUGGAGCUAAACAUUUUGAGUGGUGAAAGGUGAAGGUCAAGGUCAUCCUUCAAGGUCAAAUGUCAAAUAUAUGGCGUCUGUCCUUCCGAAAACUUUAAUAUUGGCCAUAACUUUUUCAAUAUUAAAGAUAGCAACUUGAUAUUUGAUAUGCAUGUGUAUCUCAUGAAGCUGCACAUUUUGAGUGGCGGAAGUUCAAGGUCAAGGUCAUCCUUCAAGGUCAAAGGUCAAAAAAAUAAAAACUCAAAGCGGCGUUUUCAUGAAGCUGCACAUUUUGAGUGGUGGAAGUUGAAGGUCAUCCUUCAAGGUCAAGGUCAUCCUUCAAGGUCCAAGGUAUUAAAAAAUCAAAGCGGCAAUAUCAUGAAGCUGCACAUUUUUAGUGGUGGAAGUUCAAGGUCAAGGUCACCAUUCAAGGUCAAAAAAUAAUAAUUUCAAAGCGGCGUUCUCAUGUAGCUGCACAUUUUGAGUGGUGGAAGGUCAAGGUCAUUCUUCAAGGUCAAAGGUUAUUUUUUUUAUUUUUUUCAAAGCAGCGCAAUAGGGGGCAUUGUGUUUCUGAUGAACACAUCUCUUGUUAUCUCUAAUUUUAAUUAAAGUUACCUAGCUAUCAUAAUGGAUGCGUGCAUAUGUCAAAGCUUGUCUUGACUGUUACUUCACUGUUCAUCUUGCAAUAAAAAAUUACCAACUUCAAA